AUGACAGCUGAACUCGGAGAUGCCAUGGCCGACCACACAGACCAAUGCCUCUUCAAAGAGAUAGCCGAGUGCAAAGUCCUUGUUGGCGAAGAACUGUCUAAGAAUGAACUUUGGAUAUCAACCACAAUCGAGUACGCCAUCCAACUCGUGACCACAGCAACGAUCUUCAAGAUCAUCCCGCCAUGUACCUUGCCGCUCGUGUACAGGCUUGUUCCUGCUUAUCGAAGGCUGCAGAGGAGCAGAAGAACGGCCAGCAGCUUGAUCAAGCCAAUCAUUCAAUCUCGUCGUGCAGUCAUGGACGACUCUGGUAUUAACAGAGGUGGAGAUAACCUUCUGCAGUGGAUGCUCAACGAGCGGGUCAAGAAACGUAUGUAUGACAAGGACUUUCAAAUGAUGGCGGAUCUUCAGUUAGAACUGGCGUUCGCGUCGACUCAUACAACCACCAUGACACUCACCAACAUUAUGUUUGACCUCAUCGCAUGGCCGAAGUACAUCGACAUUUUGCGUGAAGAGGUCGAAGAGGUGCUGCAGAACAAUGGUGGCUCUUUCAGGGGAAACUUUACCAAGACUCUCCUCAAAAUGGACAGCUUCAUGAAGGAGUCUCAGCGAAGAAACCCCGUUGGCUACGGCGAGUUCCUCUUGGACGACUGCCAUACGAGGCUCUGCGCUGACGCUUUCACAGUCAGCAUGGCCCGUGACUUGUGCCAGGACACCAUACUGUCUGAUGGAACAUUCCUCCCUAAAGGCACCUUCGUUGUGGCCAACAGCUACCACAUUACCCACGACCAAGAGAUCCUAGAAAGCGACACCGACCCCAAUACUUUCGACGGACUACGCUACUACAAAAUGCGAAACAAGCUAGUCGAUCGUGGCCUUACGGAGAAAGAAGCGGCAGGUAAAUACCAGUUCGUUUCUGCAUCAGAUAGCUCGCUCGCGUUUGGUGGAGGCCGACGUGCAUGUCCUGGACGAUACUUUGCUGGUGCAGAGAUCAAGAUUCUGUUGGCGAAGCUUUUGCUUCAGUUUGAUUUCAGAAUGCCUGACGGUGCCACUGAACAGUACCAAGGUGACAGCUUCGAGCAAGCGGUAUAUCAACCCGUUGAUCGCAGGGAUUCAGUCGUAAAUGCUAACUUCAUGGCAUAG